AUGCUGCACCUCCUCGUCUACUGCGCCUUCUUCGCCGUCGUCUUCUCCACAUACGGCAUACCCCUGCACCUGGUGCGUGACCUGUACUGGACCUUCCGCAACUUCCAGACACGCGUGCGCGACUUCCUGCGGUACCGCCGCAUCACGGCCAACAUGGACCAGUCGUUCCCAGAGGCCAGCGAGGAGGAUCUGCAGCGCGCCGACCACACGUGCAUCAUCUGCCGCGAGGAGAUGACGACGGCGGGGCGCAACAAGAAGCUGGGGUGCAGCCACGUGUUCCACCUGCACUGCCUGCGCUCGUGGCUGGAGCGGCAGCAGAACUGCCCCAUCUGCCGGCGCAGCGUGGUGCCGCCGCCGGCGGCCGGCGCGGCGGCGGGAGGCGGCGGCGCCGGCGCCGGCGGCGACCCUCUGGCCGCCGCCGCGCAGCAGCUGCGCGCGGCGGCUGCCGACGACCUGGCCGCUGUGCAGCGCGCCGCUGCUGCCGCGGCAGCAGGCGGCGCCUUCCACGACGGCCAGCAGGCGGCGGCCGCGCCCGGCGGCGGCGGUGGCCAGCAGGCGCAGCCGCACGUGCGGCGGCGGCGCGCGCCGCGGGGUCACGGCGAGGCGGCGGCAGGCGCCGUGCCGGGAGUGGCUGUGGAGGGCGGAUGGCACGUCGUGCCGCAGCACCAGGUGCAGUGGGUGCCUGCCGCCCCCAUGGCGCUCUUCAUGCCGGCCGGCGGCAUGCAGCAGGUGCAGUACGCCGGGCAGCAGAGCCCGGAGCAGGUGCUGCAGGCGCAGCAGGCAGCAGCCGGCAUGGUACCCUUCAUGAUGCCCUACCACAUGCCCUUCAUGGUACCGCCCAUGGUACCACCCCAGGCGGCCGCGGCCCCGGCGGCGACGGAGGCCGGCGCCGCUGCCGCCGCUGCCCAGCCGCCGCAGCCCGCCACCCCGCAGCAGCACAUGGCCGCGGCGGCGGCGGCGGCCGCGGCGGCGGCGAGCAUGCUGGCGCCGCCCGGCGCCGCGGCGAGCACCGCCGUGCCGGCCGCCGUCCCCACCGAUCCCACCACUGCCGCAGCCACUGCAGCCGCGACUGCGGCUAUAGAGCGGGUGCUGCAGCAGCAGCUGGAGGCGCUGCGGGCCCACGCGGAGCGAGCCAGGCAGGCGCAGGCGCAGGCUGCCGGAGGCAGCGCAGGCAGCGCCGCCCCAGCCGCUGCCCCUGCCCCGCCGCCGGCGGCGGAUGCCGCUCCCGCCGACAGCGCCCGCAGUGGCGCCAGCACCUCUGCAGCGGCUGCCAUUCCCGAGGCACCUUCUGAGGCACCCGCAGCCGACGCCCCCGCGGCUGAGGCCCCCGCUGCCACCCCGGCGACCGACGCUGGUGCCUCUGCUGCCGCCGAGGCGCCGGCGCCAGCUCAGCCGCCAGCUCAGCCGCCUGCUCAGCCUGCUCACUCGCCACAGCGGCGCGAGGGCGAGGAUGAGGAGGCUGAUGCCAUCCGCCGCCGCCGGCUGGAGCGGUUUGGCGGGUUGUGA